CAAGACACAGUUGUUUUUCAUACACCGCCUCGCACUGGAUCACCUGCUGCAAUUAGGGUUUCCAAUUCGUCCCCUUUCUUCCUAAAUCCCCCAAAUUCCUCAAUUUUUCUCAAUUCCUCUCGAAAAUGAAGAAUCGAAACCCAAAAGACGCUGCAAUCAACAGAGAGAAAUCCGACGGCUCGAAAUCGGUGUACAAUAAGAAGAAGAACCCGAGGAGAUUUGGUUGGCAAGGCCGUUCUCUCGAGAAUUCAACGAACAGCUACUACAACCCAGCCAUGAUAAAGAAAAAAAGGGAGUUCUACGAUAAUGCCAAGCACGUGAAGAAGUAUAAGAAGUUGGUAAAGCAACAGCCGACCGAUGUUCCAUCAGCUAUAAUACCACUCGAGGAGGAGAAUGAAACUGAAGAUGGUAGCAAGAUGAGUAAGAAUAACAAGAAGAGAAAAGAUAGGGAAUCACGUAAUUUAAUAGAAAUAUAUGAGAAGAAACAUGAAGAGAUAGAGAAGGCAAGAAUGGAGAAGGAGGCUAAAUUUCAGGCCAGAAAGGAAGAAAGAGAGAAGUCUGAAGCUCGGAGGAAGGCUAUUAGGGAGAAGAUGAUGAAGAAAACGCAUAAAGGUCAGCCUGUUAUGAAGUACAGAAUUCAACAUCUUUUGGAGACUAUUCAAGGCUCCAUGAAUAAAUCAUAGUUUGCGAAUGGAUCAGACUGUUUGAGUUAUGUACAAGUAUACUAUUCUAUUGCUGCUUGAAUUCUGAAAUCAACUUAGCCUGAUAAGGGCAGUUUCAGUUCCCCAAGCAAUGCAAAACAAUUUUGGUACUAUUAAUGUGGCAAAUCUGUAGUCUUCUUGUAGUUCAUAUUUGCUCUGUAAUAAAUUGAAACGUGCACUUUUAUUUCA